AAAAUGAAUACACAGACAAACACAGCGGAACAAAAGAUCUGAGAAAACGGAGGCGCGGUAAUGCGUGUGCCCUCAACUCAAUCGCCGUCGGGGACGAAGACGGAGAGCGAUUUCCAUCGUACGCCGUCGUUUAAUCAGCGCCGUCUCCCCGAGGCCACUCAUAAACCCUAAUAUUGCGGCAUUUUGUGUUCAGACUCACUGGAUUUGCUUAGUUGUUGGUGGUGGUGUUGACCGUUUGUUGAUUCCGUUUGAUCAAUGGGAACUUAGUUGAAAUUCGGUGAAUCCCGGCAAAUCGGAGUUUGGAGUCGUUUGAUGGAGUCGCUGGUGGAGCUCUGUGAUUUGAUUGCACAGAAUCCAGCACAAUUUCGCGAGAAAAUCGCCUGGAUUUGCAGCCGGUGCCCGUCGGCGGAGUCGCUGUUGUCGAGAUCGCCGAGGGUUUCGAGGUCCCAGCUACAUGCCAUAUUAGCGUUAGCACGGUUUCUUUCCAAAUGCCCGAAUUCCGAUCAAGAAACCCCCAAGUCGCUGCUUCUCGCGCUUUACCGUUCAAUUCCGGCAUCCUUCAACCCGAGUUUCUGGCCGCAGGCAUUUUCAACAGAGGCGAUUUCUUCUUUCUUUAACGAAUUUUUGAGCUACAUUUCAAGAGCGGCUGAGAAGUCCCCUGAUUUUGCGACUGACGUGGCUGGGUUCACGGGUGAUAUUGUGAUUCAGACGAUAAGCAAUGCCAAUUCCAGUGUUUGUCGGGCUUUUCUGAAUGCUUUAUGUUUGAAUUUCCCUCCAGUUGCGCAAUCUGAUGUGACCAAAUUGAUUGCCAUUCUUCUUGAUCGAUUUGAAAUUGUUGUUCCAAGCUCUCCAGGGGAUGGAAUUUCGGGUACUCCUGAUGGAGCUUCAGCUCAGAGUUCUCCACUCAGCGUGAACCAUUAUCAGUCUCCAAGUGUUGAGCUUAACAAUCUUUCAGCAGAGUCUCCGAGCAGUGUGACUUCAAAUGGGGGGAGCAGCAUUGCAUGGAAAAGCAAUGAUGGGUUGUUCAAUGAUGGAGAGGGAGGUGGUGGGGGCAGCACUCCAUCAUAUAAGAAGGCUAUGAAAUUGUUUGAAGAAGAGACUUUGGAGUCUCUUGAAAGACAAGAAAUUGUUUUUAAGUUAAUCGGACAUGUAUUGAGUAUAGUGACCAUUGAUUCCCAGCUUAUGCAGCAAGUGAGAGGGAUUGCAAAGAAUCAACUUCAAUCAAUCAUUGCUUUAUUAAAGAUAAGAAAGCGCGAUUGGCCGGAUCAAGGGCAAUUGCUUAAAGUUAAGAUCAAUAGAAAGCUGUCUGUUUGCCAAGCUGCUGCAAAGUUGCAUAUCAAGACUUUAACAUCUCUUGACACAGAAGGGAAGUCCUCAAAGAGAUUGUUGCAUGGAUCUCUUGCACUAUUGAUAGAGGCUGCGGAGGCAUGCCUGUUUUCUGGCUGGCGAAAGUUGAGAGCCUGUGAGGAACUUUUUGAAUGUUUACUUUCUGGAAUUUCUCAAGCUGCCGUUAUUCGUGGUGGUCAGCUUCUCCGGGUUCUGCUGAUUCGAUUUAAGCCCCUUGUACUGGCCACUUGUGCUCAGGGUGACACUUGGGCCAGUAACCAGGGAUCUAUGUUUAGAAGUGUCCUGAAAACUUGCUGUGAAAUAAUUGAAUUUGGUUGGGCCAAGGACCGGCCGCCUGUAGAUGCUUUUAUCAUGGGACUGGCCACUAGUAUCCGGGAUCGAAAUGAUUAUGAGGAAGAGGAUGGAAAAGAGAAGCAGGCUGCUCCACCAUUGCAACUGAAUGUCAUACGUUUGUUAGCUGAGCUUAAUGCUUCUGUUAAAAAGCCUGAAAUUGUUGAGAUGAUAUUGCCCCUAUUCAUUGAAAGUUUGGAGGAGGGUGAUGCUUCAAGUCCAGGUUUAUUGAGACUUCAACUUGUUGAUGCUGUUUCUCGCUUGGCGAGUUUAGGUUUUGAGAAGUCUUACCGUGAAGCUGUGGUUUUGAUGACUCGGAGCUACUUAAGUAAACUUUCUGCUGUUGGAUCUGCCGAAAGUAGAACACAAGUACCAGAAGCCACUACUGAACGUGUGGAGACUUUGCCUGCAGGAUUUUUGUUGAUUGCCAAAGGCAUCACAAGUACUAAGUUGCGUUCAGACUACCGACAUCGUCUACUGUCACUAUGCUCAGAUGUGGGCUUGGCUGCAGAAUCAAAAAGUGGGAGAAGUGGGGCUGAUUUUCUUGGACCACUCCUCCCUGCCGUAGCUGAGAUAUGUUCAGAUUUUGAGCCCAACAUAGAUGUGGAACCUUCACUCUUGAAGUUAUUUCGCAAUUUAUGGUUCUAUAUUGCUCUCUUUGGGUUAGCCCCUCCAAUACAAAAAAUUAUGCCAACAACAAAGUCUGUUUCAACUACACUCAAUAGUGUGAGCAGCAUCGGCACUAGUGGUCUCCAAGCUGUUGGUGGACCAUACAUGUGGGAUUCUUCAUGGUCGUCUUCCGUUCAGCGAAUAUCUCACGGAACUCCACCUCUUGUUGUGAGCUCUGUGAAAUGGCUGGAAGAUGAGUUGGAGCUUAAUGCUCUUCAUAAUCCGGGUAGUCGGAGAGGUAGUGGAAAUGAGAAAGCUGCUUUGAGCCAGCGAACUGCUCUUUAUGCUGCUUUAGGAGGGCGGGUGGACGUGUCUGGAAUGAGUACAAUCUCAGGUGUCAAAGCAACCUAUCUUCUGGCUGUAGCAUUCUUGGAGAUUAUACGGUUUAGCAGCAAUGGUGGUAUUCUUAAUGGAGGCCCAAGUUCAACUGCUUCUCGAAGUGCUUUCAGCUGUGUCUUUGAAUACCUUAGAAGCCCGAAUCUUAUGCCAGCAGUCUCCAAGUGCUUGACUGCAAUUGUCCAUCGAGCAUUUGAAACAGCAAUUGCUUGGCUGGAGGAUCGAGCACCUGAGACUGGACCUGACGCUGAUGUUAGAGAGUCUACACUUUCUGUCCAUGCAUGUUUUCUCAUUAAAAAUUUGUCUCAGAGGGAUGAGCAUGUGCGAGACCUCUCUGUCAAUCUGUUAACGCAGCUUAGAGAUAAAUUUCCUCAGAUCUUGUGGAACUCAUCCUGUCUAGAUUCCCUGCUAUUUGCAAUGCAUAAUGAUCCACCCUCUACUGUAGUGAGUGAUCCUGCUUAUCUGGCGAAUGUUCGAGCUUUAUACCAAAAGGUUGUUCGGGAGUGGAUUGUUGUGGCACUUUCGCAUGCUCCAUGCACUAGUCAGGGUCUUCUUCAGGAAAACCUUUGCAAAGCUAAUUCUUGGCAAAGAACACAGCCUACGGCUGAUGUGGUUUCUCUUUUGUCUGAGAUAAGGAUUGGCACGGGUAAAAAUGAGUGUUGGACUGGUACAAAAUCAGCUAAUAUUCCUGCAGUUAUGGCUGCUGCUGCUGCAGCUUCAGGAGGGAAUUUGAAAUUGACAGAUGCAUUCAAUUUGGAGGUUCUUGGUACUGGUAUGGUCAGUGCAACAGCAAAGUGUAACCAUGCUGGAGAAAUAGCAGGCAUGAGAAGGUUAUAUGAGAGCAUUGGUGGGCUUGCUCUUGCUAACAGUGGACUGACACCUGACCCUCCAGCUUCAGGGUCUUCUGAACACUCACCACAGUCCUUUAAUGAAGUGGUGAUUACCAAAUUUGUACGAUUGCUUCAGAAAUGUGUUAAUUCUGCCGAGAAAGGAGAAGCAAUAGAUAAAGCAUUUUUUCGUGAAACAUGCUCUCAAGCUACUGCCCUACUUCUUUCAAAUCUGGGUUCAGAUUCAAAAUUGAAUGUUGAGAGCUUUUCUCAACUUCUACGCCUUCUUUGCUGGUGUCCAGCUUAUAUAACCACACUUGAUGCUGUAGAGACUGGUGUUUACAUCUGGACAUGGUUGGUUUCUGCUGCUCCUCAGUUAGGAUCUCUUGUCCUUGCUGAGCUAGUAGAUGCAUGGUUGUGGACAAUAGACACCAAACGAGGCCUUUUUGCAUCUGACACAAGGUUCUCUGGACCAUCUGCAAAAUUGAGACCCCAUCUUUCCCCUGGAGAGCCAGAACCUCUGCCUGAGAAGGACCCUGUUGGACAGAUAAUGGCUCAUAGAUUGUGGCUUGGAUUCUUUAUUGAUCGGUUUGAAGUAGUUCGGCAUGAUAGCAUUGAACAGCUUUUACUUCUUGGUCGGAUGGUACAAGGAACAACAAAGCUUCCCUGGAAAUUUUCUCGGCAUCCAGCUGCUACAGGAACUUUCUUCACUCUAAUGCUUUUUGGACUAAAACUGUGUUCAUGCAGAACACAGGGGAACCUCAAGAACUUUAGAUCAGGCCUUCAAUUGCUAGAAGAUAGAAUAUAUAGAACCUCUUUGGAGUGGUUUGCUCAUCAACCCGGAUGGUAUGAUUUGAAUAACAACAAUUUUUCUCAGAGUGAAUCUCAAUCAGUUUCAACAUUUGUCCAUCAUCUCAAUGAACGGGUGGACUUACCCCCAUUAGAGACAAAAGGUGGAGGGCUUGAAAAUGGUAGCUCUUCAAAUGAUAUGAAGGAUCAACAUCACCCUGUCUGGGGUCGGAUGGAGAACUAUGCUGUUGGACGUGAGAAGAGAAGACAGUUGCUGCUGAUGUUAUGCCAGCAUGAGGCUGACAGGCUUGAGGUUUGGGCUCAACCUGUUGGAUCAAAGGAAGGUUCUUCUCGACUUAAAAUUAGCUCUGAUAAAUGGAUAGAGUUGGCAAGGACAGCCUUUGCUGUUGAUCCGCGAAUUGCUUUAUCGUUGGCUGCAAUGUUUCCCACAAAUGCUACUCUGAAGACUGAAAUCACUCAGCUAGUUCAAUCACAUAUAUUGGAGAUCCACAGUAUUCCUGAAGCUUUGCCUUAUUUUGUCACCCCCAAAGCGGUGGAUGAGAAUUCAACACUUCUGCAACGUCUUCCACACUGGGCGCCUUGUUCAAUUACACAAGCUUUGGAGUUCCUUACUCCUGCAUAUAAAGGUCAUCCACGAGUCAUGGCAUAUGUCCUCAGGGUUCUUGAAUCUUAUCCACCAGAAAAAGUGACUUUCUUCAUGCCACAGUUGGUACAGGCGCUAAGAUAUGAUGAUGAGAAGUUGGUUGAGGGAUACUUGCAUAGGGCCACACAAAGGAGUGAUAUUUUUGCUCAUAUACUGAUAUGGCAUUUACAGGGUGAAACCACUGCUUCUGAAACUGGAAAGGAUGCAGUAUCUGCGACGCAUAGUGCAUUUCAAGCACUGCUUCCAGUUGUCAGACAAAAAAUUAUUGAUGGUUUCAAUCCGAUAGCAUAUGACGUGUUUCAAAGAGAAUUUGAUUUCUUUGACAAAGUCACAUCUAUAUCUGGUGUUCUCUAUCCACUUCCAAAAGAUGAAAGACGUGCUGGCAUACGAAGGGAGCUGGAGAAGAUUCAAGUGGAAGGAAAUGACCUGUAUCUACCAACUGCUCCUAAUAAACUAGUCAGGGGUAUUCAGGUUGAUAGUGGAAUCCCUCUACAAUCAGCAGCAAAAGUUCCUAUCAUGAUCACCUUCAAUGUGGUGGACCGGGAUGGAGAUCCCAAUGAUAUAAAGCCACAAGCUUGCAUAUUUAAGGUUGGGGAUGACUGUCGGCAAGAUGUUCUUGCUUUGCAAGUUAUUUCACUUUUAAAAGACAUCUUUGCUGCUGUUGGGCUAAAGCUUUAUCUGUUUCCUUAUGGUGUACUCCCAACUGGCCCAGAGAGAGGCAUUAUUGAGGUUGUGCCCAAUUCUCGAAGCAGGAGUCAGAUGGGUGAGACUACUGAUGGUGGUCUAUAUGAGAUUUUUCAACAAGAUUUUGGACCUGUUGGUUCACCAAGCUUUGAGACUGCACGUGAGAAUUUUCUCGUGAGCAGUGCUGGGUAUGCAGUUGCUAGCCUGUUGCUUCAACCAAAGGACAGACACAAUGGAAACCUUCUGUUUGAUAACGAAGGCAGGCUAGUUCAUAUUGAUUUUGGUUUCAUUCUGGAAACUUCGCCUGGUGGCAAUAUGCGUUUUGAAAGUGCUCACUUCAAGCUCAGUCAUGAAAUGACUCAGUUGCUUGAUCCAUCUGGAGUAAUGAAAAGUGACACGUGGUACCAAUUUGUAAGCUUGUGCGUAAAGGGUUACCUUGCUGCACGGCGCUACAUGGAUGGGAUCAUAAGUACAGUUGCGCUAAUGCUGGACAGCGGAUUGCCGUGCUUCAGUAGAGGUGACCCAAUUGGAAAUCUACGUAAAAGAUUUCAUCCAGAAAUGAGCGAGCGCGAAGCGGCCAAUUACAUGAUACGUGUGUGCACAGAUGCCUAUAACAAGUGGACGACUGCCGGUUAUGAUCUGAUCCAGUAUUUGCAACAGGGCAUUGAAAAAUGAAGCAGCAUUUUUAGUUUCCUAAACUGCUGUUGUGGGUUCUAUUCUGGUAAUUUUAUUUUUGUUUGUUUGUUUCCUCUUUGUGUCCAAUGGAACCGAGAAACAAACGAAUGUUACGAGCUGUUGGAUUCCCUAAAUUGUGAAAUAUAUAUGCUAUGUUGCGAA